AUGACUAAUAAAAUUAACUUAAAAUACAGUUCAAGAAUUAAGGAUGUGUUUCUAAUUGUGCGGCCUCAAGAAGGUUUACUCUCUACAUGUGAGGUGGAAAAUCUUUUGUCUAACCUUCUUACACCUGCCGAAAGAAAUAGUUUACAGGUACAAGCAUUGCGUCAUAACUUGAUGCGUAUCCUGGACAUGGGUCUGGCGCCUGUAUCUCAGCAUUUACUAGAUGAUACAACGAAUGAAGAAUGGUCAGGAUCAAACGAUAAACGAUCAGUGAGCUCUUUAGCAAGAGGUGGCAUUCUACCAGUUCCAAAAAGAGGAAUUGCAACUUUGGCUAAAAAUGGUCAAUUGCCGGUUAUUACACACGAUCCUGUGUACUAUUAUGAUGAUGCCGGUGACGAGGGUUCUUCGCGACAUGGACCUAGCGAUUUCUAUGGUGGAGCUCCUGCAGGUUCGGUCACAGAAGGAAAACGAAACUUGGGAGCCCUGGCCCGUAAUUUCGAAUUACCACGUCCGCGCUACGGAAAGCGAUCUCUGGCUUCUCUCGUCCGCGAAGGGCUUCUGAGACGCACUUCGGGACCUUCUAGUGAUAAACGAAACGUAGCUACUAUUGCUCGCGACAGAUCCGCACCCUCCGGAACACGCGUAGGCAAGCGUAGUACUUCCACAGAGCAAGAAGCUCCAUUAAUGGCUUUAAGAACAGCAGCCGCUGCUCAAGGAGGAAAGCGUCAAAAACGCCAAUCGGAUUACGAAUUGGACAACAAUAUACCGCGCUACGAACCCCGCUACGAGCCGGACGACUACGAGGAGCUUUUGAACGCCAUCGCAAAUGGAUAUCCCAGUGCCGAAAAAAGAUUUUUGGGCUCCGUGGUGCGCGGAGGUUGGUUCCGGGGCGAUUCACGCGGAACAGCUUUCAGAAGCCCCGGAAAGAGGCACAUAGGCGCCUUGGCCCGAUUGGGAUGGUUGCCCUCGUUUAGAGCGCUUCGCAGCAAUCGGUUCAGCCGGUCCGGAAGGGCAGUGCCUGUUAGGUCGCAUACCGCAGAUGGGCAGUCCGAGGACAACCCCGUCAUCCUACAGCCGUCGGAUGUAAAUAAUCCAUUGGCGUACGAAGAAAAUUUACCAUAUGAUGACUAUUUGCUAAACGAAAAUUUUAUAACCUUUCUGACUCGACCAAAAUCGCUGCAACGCAUGCGACCGAACAUAAACGGCUACGACUUUGAAGAAGAUAAUACUAAACCGUAA